ACAAAAAGAAAACAUUAAAGAAACGAAGCCUUUCUCAUUUCUCAGCUCUUGCCAGUUCCCUCAGUUCCCUCCUCUCUUUAAAACCCACAUUUUUAAUUCUCAGGGGAAAGAAACACCCUUUUAUUCCGUCAUGAAGAAGCUGGCUCUCUUUCUACUCUUCUUCUUCUUCUUCCUCUUCCGGAACUCAAAACCCGUUCUUUCUCUUUCCCCUGACGGCCUUUCUCUUCUGUCUUUGAAAUCGGCCGUAGACCAACCUGCGGCCCAGUCAGUUUUUGCAGACUGGAACGAGAAUGAUACGACGCCGUGUCGUUGGUCCGGCAUUUCCUGCAUGAACAUAACAGGGUACCCUGACCCGCGUGUAGUCGGGAUCGCAGUUUCCGGGAAGAAUCUCCGGGGGUAUAUUCCGUCGGAGCUUGGGACGUUAAUCUAUCUUCGAAGGUUAAAUCUUCACAACAACAACUUUUACGGUUCCAUACCAGAGCAACUGUUCAAUGCCACCUCACUUCAUAGCUUGUUUUUAUACGGUAAUAACCUUUCCGGUUCUCUACCUCCCUCGAUCUGCGAUCUUCCAAGGUUACAAAACCUCGAUCUUUCCAACAAUUCGCUGUCGGGUUCUCUGCCCGAGAAGCUUAAGAAUUGCAAGCAGUUACAGAGGCUGAUUCUUGCUCAAAACAAAUUUUCUGGUGAAAUUCCUGAUGGAAUUUGGCCGGAAUUGGACAACUUGUUUCAACUCGAUCUUUCGUCCAAUGAAUUCGACGGAUCGAUUCCUAGUAACAUCGGAGAGUUAAAGUCAUUGUCGGGGACUCUCAAUCUGUCUUACAAUCACUUGUCUGGUAAGCUCCCUAAAAGUUUAGGUGACUUACCGGUUACUGUCAGUUUUGAUCUUAGAAAUAACAAUUUAAGUGGGGAAAUACCUGAAACCGGUUCGUUUGCUAAUCAAGGACCAACAGCAUUUCUAAACAAUCCCCUUUUAUGUGGGUUCCCUCUUCAAAAAUCCUGUAAAAAUUCCAACAUAAGUCCUUCAGGCAGUCAAAAUUCGGGUCCGAAUUCUGGUGAAAGCCAGAAAAAAGGGCUCAGUCCUGGAUUAAUUAUAUUAAUCUCAGCGGCUGAUGCCGCUGGUGUGGCUUUGAUUGGAUUGAUUAUAGUUUACAUUUAUUGGAAGAAGAAAGAUUCUUCAAAUGGCUGUAGCUGCACCGGUAAAGGCAAGUUCGGUCAUAACGACAAAGGGAAGCUCAGUUCUCUCUGUUCCUGUGCCUGCAUCAACGGGUUUCGAAGCGAAGACUCCGAAUUCGAAGACCAGGAAAAGAGGGAGAGAUCAGGGAAAGGAGAAGGAGAAUUGGUUGCCAUCGACAAAGGGUUCAGCUUUGAACUGGACGAGCUGCUUAGAGCGUCAGCUUAUGUGUUGGGAAAGAGCGGGCUUGGGAUAGUGUACAAAGUGGUGCUUGGGAAUGGGGUGCCGGUGGCUGUACGGCGGCUGGGUGAGGGUGGAGAGCAAAGGUAUAAGGAGUUUGCAGCAGAAGUGCAAGCUAUCGGAAAGGUUAAGCAUCCCAACGUUGUGAAGUUGAGAGCUUACUAUUGGGCGCCUGAUGAGAAGCUUCUCAUUAGUGAUUUUAUCUCCAAUGGCAAUUUGGCUAAUGCCAUGAGAGGCAGAAAUGGUCAAUCAUCACCAAGCCUGUCAUGGUCAACAAGACUCAAAAUCGCAAAAGGUGCAGCUCGUGGCUUGGCCUAUCUUCAUGAAUGCAGUCCAAGGAAAUUUGUGCAUGGAGACAUCAAACCGUCCAACAUUCUCGUUGACAACGAAUUCCAACCUUACAUUUCUGAUUUUGGCCUCAACAGACUGAUUAACAUCACGGGAAACAAUUCCUCUUCCUCAGGUGGUUUUAUUGGGGGACUCCCUUACAAAUCAAUCCAAACCGAACGGACCAACAAUUAUCGAGCUCUGGAGGCUCGGGUUCCCGGCAACCGGCCGACCCAAAAGUGGGAUGUCUAUUCAUUUGGUGUAGUCUUGCUUGAACUGCUCACUGGCAAGUCUCCGGAGCUAUCACCAACCGCAUCAACUUCCACCGAAAUCCCAGACCUGGUAAGGUGGGUGAGGAAAGGGUUUGAAGAAGAAAACCCAUUGUCAGACAUGGUAGAUCCCUUGUUGCUACAAGAAGUGCAUGCCAAGAAGGAAGUCCUGGCAGUUUUUCACAUAGCUCUUGCAUGCACCGAAGGAGACCCUGAGGUCCGACCAAGGAUGAAAACAGUUUCCGAAAAUCUUGAAAGAAUUGGAACAUGAUUAAGAAGAAGAGAUCAGAUGAUUGCUUUGUCAGUGAAAGAACGUGGUCAAUCGUGUAGGAAGUUUCAAGUUGUACUGAUUUUUUCCCGUUAAGGUAAAAUUUUGCAAGGUUGUCAAGAUCAUUAACUAUUCAUUUCCCUAAAGUCUUUGGAAUUAGGCCCAAAAUUUUCCUGAAAAUUCAACCGUUUCUUGAAGCUUAUUGGAGACCGUAUGUGUCCUUUCAUGGCGACUAUUGAGAUAGCUACAUUUUUGUAAUUUAAAUUUCUCUGUCCCAUUUUAUCUUGGGAUAUGUGAUUGUAAUAAAAUUUCUUUUCAUUUUCCAUGCAA